AUGGCCUCAUCCAUCACCCAAAUCUCUCUCUUCCUUCUAUUUCUAACUCUCUUCUCAGAAACCCAAUUAUCUCAAUCCCUCAGAGACCUCAAACCCAACCCCAACCCCAACCCCAACCCCAACCCCAACCCCAACCGUCCAUCCACCUCGCUCCAAUCAAUCACAGACGUCCAUGACCUCCUCCCCAAGUACGGCCUCCCAAGGGGUCUGUUACCCGACAACGUAAGAUCCUACACUCUCUCCGACGAUGGAACCUUCGAGAUCUAUCUCGAAAACCCGUGUUAUGUUCACUUUGAUCAGUUGGUGUACUACAAUAAGAACAUCAAAGGGAAGCUGAGUUUCGGCUCUGUUUCCGAUGUGUCGGGGAUUCAAGCCAAGAAGCUAUUUAUUUGGGUUUCCGUGACGGGGAUGCAUAUGGAGCAAGGGUCUGAUUCAGUUGAGUUUUACGUUGGGGCUCUGUCCGAGAAAUUGCCUGCUAAACAGUUCGAGGAUAUUCCUAUUACUUUAUUAUAG